GGCGGGCGCCCCGCGAGCCGCCCCGAUGUGGCAGGAGGCGAUGCGGCGCCGCCGCUACCUGCGGGACCGCGCCGAGGCGGCGGCGGCGGCGGCGGCGGGCGGCGGCGGCGGCGACGGGCUGCAGAGGUCCCGGGACUGGCUGUACGAGUCCUACUACUGCAUGAGCCAGCAGCACCCGCUCAUCGUCUUCCUGCUGCUCAUCGUCAUGGGCGCCUGCGUCGCCCUGCUCGCCGUCUUCUUCGCGCUCCGGCUGGACGUUGAAGACCACGUGGCAUUUUUGAUCACCGUUCCAACCGCCCUGGCGAUUUUCUUUGCCAUAUUCAUCCUGGUCUGCAUCGAGUCGGUGUUUAAGAAGCUGCUCCGUCUCUUCUCCUUGGUGAUCUGGAUUUGUCUCGUGGCCAUGGGCUACUUGUUCAUGUGUUUUGGAGGCACCGUCUCUCCCUGGGAUCAGGUGUCCUUCUUUCUCUUCAUCAUCUUUGUGGUGUACACCAUGCUGCCCUUCAACAUGAGAGAUGCCAUCAUCGCCAGCGUCCUCACCUCCUCUUCCCACACCAUCGUGCUGAGCGUCUGCCUGUCUGCAACGCCUGGGGCCAAGGAGCACCUGGUCUGGCAGAUCCUGGCCAACGUGAUCAUUUUCAUCUGCGGGAACCUGGCGGGGGCGUACCACAAGCACCUCAUGGAACUUGCUCUGCAGCAAACAUAUCAGGACACGUGCAAUUGCAUCAAGUCCCGGAUCAAGUUGGAGUUCGAAAAACGCCAGCAGGAGCGACUUCUGCUGUCCCUGCUGCCGGCGCACAUAGCCAUGGAGAUGAAAGCUGAGAUCAUUCAGCGGCUGCAGGGCCCCAAAGCCGGCCAAAUGGAAAACACCAACAACUUCCACAACCUGUAUGUCAAGCGACACACCAAUGUCAGCAUCCUCUAUGCGGACAUCGUUGGAUUCACCCGGCUGGCCAGCGACUGCUCCCCAGGAGAACUGGUCCACAUGCUGAACGAGCUCUUUGGUAAAUUUGAUCAAAUCGCAAAGGAGAAUGAAUGCAUGAGAAUAAAAAUUUUAGGAGACUGCUACUACUGUGUGUCCGGACUCCCUAUAUCGCUGCCCAACCACGCCAAGAACUGUAAGAUGGGACUAGAUAUGUGUGAAGCCAUAAAGAAAGUGAGGGACGCCACUGGAGUUGACAUCAACAUGCGCGUGGGAGUGCAUUCGGGAAACGUCCUCUGCGGCGUCAUUGGGCUGCAGAAGUGGCAGUACGAUGUGUGGUCGCAUGACGUCACCUUGGCCAACCACAUGGAAGCUGGAGGGGUCCCUGGGCGUGUUCACAUUUCUUCCGUCACCCUGGAACACUUGAACGGGGCUUAUAAAGUGGAGGACGGAGAUGGUGACAUCAGGGACCCAUAUUUAAAGCAGCACCUGGUGAAGACCUACUUUGUAAUCAACCCCAAGGGAGAAAGACGGAGUCAGCACCUCUUCAGACCUCGCCACACCCUCGAUGGAGCCAAGAUGAGGGCCUCUGUCCGCAUGACCCGCUACCUGGAGUCCUGGGGGGCGGCCAAGCCCUUCGCCCAUCUGCAUCACCGAGACAGCAUGACCACAGAGAACGGCAAGAUCAGCACCACGGAUGUACCAAUGGGUCAGCAUAGUUUUCAAAAUCGCACUUUAAGAACCAAGUCACAGAAGAAAAGAUUUGAAGAGGAAUUGAACGAAAGGAUGAUUCAAGCAAUUGAUGGAAUCAAUGCACAAAAGCAAUGGCUCAAGUCUGAAGACAUUCAGAGAAUCUCAUUGCUUUUCUACAAUAAAAUACUAGAAAAAGAAUACCGAGCCACUGCCCUGCCGGCCUUCAAGUACUACGUGACCUGUGCUUGCCUCAUCUUCUUCUGCAUCUUUAUCGUGCAGAUCCUGGUGUUACCCAAAACGUCCAUUCUCGGGAUUUCCUUUGGAGCUGCAUUUCUCUCGCUUGCCUUUAUCCUUUUCGUCUGCUUUGCUGGACAGCUUUUGCAAUGCAGCAAAAAAGCCUCCGCCUCCCUCCUGUGGCUUUUGAAGUCGUCUGGCAUCAUUGCCAACCGGCCCUGGCCUCGCAUCUCCCUGACGGUCGUCACCACAGCCAUUAUAUUAACCAUGGCCGUGGUCAACAUGUUUUUCCUGAGUGAGUCAGAGGAAACAAUUCCUCCAACUGCCAAUACGUCAAACAUGAGCCUUUCUGCCUUGAAUAACCAGGCAGCGAUUCUGCGUGCGCAAAAUUUGUUUUUCCUGCCGUACUUUAUAUACAGCUGCAUCCUGGGGUUGAUCUCCUGUUCGGUCUUCCUGCGCAUCAAUUAUGAGCUGAAGAUGCUGAUCAUGAUGGCGGCGUUGGUGGGUUACAACACCAUCUUCCUCCACACUCACGCGCACCUCCUCGAUGACUACAGCCAGGUCUUGUUUGAGAGACCAGGCAUUUGGAAAGACCUAAAGACCAUGGGCUCAGUGUCUCUCUUUAUAUUUUUCGUCACAUUGCUUGUUCUGGGCCGACAGAAUGAAUAUUACUGUAGGUUAGACUUCUUAUGGAAGAACAAGUUCAAAAAAGAGCGAGAGGAGAUAGAAACCAUGGAGAAUUUGAACCGCGUGCUCCUGGAGAAUGUGCUCCCUGCGCAUGUGGCUGAGCACUUCCUGGCCCGGAGCCUGAAGAAUGAGGAGUUAUACCACCAGUCCUAUGAGUGCGUCUGCGUCAUGUUUGCCUCCAUUCCGGAUUUCAAAGAGUUCUAUACAGAAUCAGACGUGAACAAGGAGGGCCUGGAAUGCCUUCGGCUCCUGAAUGAGAUCAUUGCUGACUUUGACGAUCUGCUGUCCAAGCCGAAGUUCAGCGUUGAAAAGAUCAAGACCAUCGGCAGCACGUACAUGGCAGCGACGGGUCUGAGCGCCGUGCCCAGCCAGGAGCAUGCCCAGGAGCCGGAUAGGCAGUACAUGCAUAUUGGCACCAUGGUGGAGUUUGCCUUCGCCCUGGUGGCCAAACUGGACGCCAUCAACAAGCACUCCUUCAACGACUUCAAGCUACGAGUGGGUAUCAACCAUGGCCCUGUAAUAGCUGGUGUCAUUGGCGCUCAGAAGCCGCAGUAUGACAUCUGGGGCAACACGGUAAACGUGGCCAGUAGGAUGGACAGCACCGGAGUCCUGGACAAAAUACAGGUUACAGAGGAAACGAGCCUCAUUCUGCAGACCCUGGGGUACACGUGCACGUGUCGAGGCAUCAUCAACGUGAAGGGAAAGGGGGACCUGAAGACGUACUUUGUGAACGCCGAGAUGUCCAGGUCCCUUUCCCAAAGCAACCUGGCAUCCUGAAGCGGCGCCUCAUUUCGGCAAGAAGACUGUCUCUUCAGGAGGAUACAAUGCACUUUCUGACUGCACCGUUUGUCCCUCGUUUGUGAUGUGCGUGCUCUGUUCUGUCCUCUGGAGCCUUUGCAGGCUCGUUCCUGUGACCCGGUGGCAUCCCGUUUGGUGUCCGACGUGUGCCAAGACCGCCCUGCCACUUGCACUGUGCUUACGCCUCGGCAAAAGGAAAAGGAGCGUGUGAUAGAGCAGAAAAGCAGAGACCUGACAGAGAGGAGAGAGGUGAAACAAACAAAAAUUCUCAAGGCAAUAAAACUAGGGGGUGUAUAUUAUCUUCCAGUGCAUGUUCUUUUCUGGAAAAUAUGGUAGCUCGCCAACCGCAUCCGCUAGUCUGAUACUCAAACACACAGUAUUUGUGAAGAAGUUGACUCUGUCGCCCGCCCCCAUGGAAUCUGACUGUCCCCACCCCCGUGUCUCAUUGCAGCAACUGUCCACGACCCCACUGGGAUCCGUGGCUCGGUCGCCUGGCUCUGUUGUGUCGCGUGCCAGCAGCACGUUACCCUUCGCCACCAGAAUUAGUUCUUUACAACCUUGGACUGGUUUUGUACCAAACGCGUCCGAUGUUUUGAUGCCAUUGUCUUUUGUAAGGUUAAUUCAUUAAAAGUUUUAUGUACUUUGGUUGAUAGUAUCUUUUUACCCCCUCCCCUCCUUCCUUCUUGCUCCCGUGGAUUCUUCCAGACGUGAGUUGGUUUUCCAUUUAUUCUCCCUGGGACAGUUGUUUUGGAGGGGGCUCUCCGGAAGCCAAGAUGGAGACAGCUUUGCGCAAAGCGGAUCGGGACAGAGCUGGCAAUGCUGGGAGUGGAUUAUGCAACUCCCGGAAGGAAGGAAGAUGCUUCAGUGUGUCAUGUGGUCUCUUUUCAUUUCGGCCUCUCUGGAGAACACUUGCAGGGAAAACUCUUUUACCAGUGAAAAGACUCUCUACUGCAACAACCCCGGCUCUGUCCACACGCUCUGGUCUAAUACUCCCCUGUGGCUGUGAGACACAAUGACCAGCCAUCGCAAUGGUUUGAACUUAUGAGAAACGCUGCCAGAGCCCCACAAGCUGCCUCUUGCAUCUGUGCAUUUUUGGAGAGAGAAGACCUGGGAAAUUGCAGUCUUGCAAACCCAGCUCUGAAGCUUUGGUUUCUUUUUUUCACAUCAAGAGAUCAUACUUUGCCAAAGGGUGAAAAAUAGAACAGUCAUGCAUAAUCCAGUGUGGAAGAGGAAAGCUGCCAAGGCCAGCCUGGAUGAGCAAAGCGUAGCUCAGGGCAGGCUUUCUAUGAGAGAUCGAGGACUCCAGUGACCCAUUAGGAAGCAGCUGGGAACUCGGGCUGGAAGCACGAGGCCUCGGUUUGAUUCCAGACCAGCCGUGAAACGUUGAACACCUCUUUCGAUCUCUCUUAGGAGGAUUUUCCUCCUUGGUAGCUCACGGCAUCAGGUCUGAUUCAAAGAGCUCAUGGCCGUGAGAGAGGCUGGCAGGUACCCAGGCCUUGCUCCUGCCAGCAUGUCGCAGGACCAACACGGCCACCCUGCCGGGACUUUGGCUCAUACUCUGUAAAAAGCGCUCUUUGAAACUAAUAAUCAGCCUUUAUCACCAGAGUGAGAAUAUAGCAUGACUUCUCCAAUUGUCUGCCUCGGUCAGGAAUUUUUUGAUCCUAUAAUUGCAGCUCAGUGUUGGCCUUAAUACAUCUAAUUGUCCAAUAAAGGUGACUGAGAGGAGAAAAA